AAGUGCGUUACGCAAGUGUGUACUGAAGAUGCGCUCUGAGCUCUCUUGUUACGCGUCUCUCGUCAAGAACAUUUAAGGAUUAUUCUGCUUUUUUCCAUAUUAUAUGGACACAUUUGUUUGGUCUUUUUAAGGAACACUCGUUCUACAGAUGUGUUUCCACAUUACGCGGAGAGAAGUGGGACAUGAUCACAUUGCCUUCGGAGUCUGCUUUAUUUAAUCUAGUGUGGGAGAAGAACCGAACUCAUAAAACCGUUCAGCACUCACUGCCUCCCGCACACCCGAAGCGCCAGGCGAACCGGUUACCCGUUAAAGUGUUGAAAAUGCUCACUGCGCGCACCGGACACAUUCUGCACCCGGACUAUCUGCAGCCUUUACCGUCCAUUCACAUCGGACCAAUCGAGUUGGAUGCCAAGAAGAGUCCGCUCGCCCUUCUCGCGCAAACAUGUUCUCAGAUCGGGAAAUCUGAUUCCCCGUCUUCUGCCAAACUCUCCUCGGUCACGUCGGACAAGGACUCGAAAUCAAGCCCACUGAAGAUCAGUGACAUCGGGGUAGAGGACAAAUCUUGUUUCAAGCCAUAUUCUAAAUCAUCUGAGAGGAAAGAUUCGGGUGGAGAUAAGUCGGGUUUCCGCGUUCCGAGUGCCACCUGCCGGCCUAACACGCCACGGACGGUCAGUCCAAGUUCGUGCAGUUCUGCGUCUCCGCAGCCCGGACGCACGGAAUCUGGCGAUAAAACGAGCAAAAGGGAAAACGAUACAAACAAAAGCUCAACGCCGGAUAAUUCUGCCCCCACCAACCCAAGCAGAACUGAGAGUAACAGCGACACAAACAAACCACAGGACACUUCAAAGCCCUCCCCAUCUGACACGGCCCCCGCGUCCUCAGCGUCAUCUGCGAUCGGAUCAGGGCUCGUGGCACCGGUUUCGCCCUUCAGACCCGGCCACACCGUAUUUCCCAUCUCCCCUGCAGGACUACACUACCCUGGAACGCUAACAGGGCCUUACGCCAGCUACCCCCAGCCCUUUCUGCACCAUGGGGUGACUCUGGACCCGAGUAAGGCCAGCAGCAGUCAGUUGAUUAAUGCUCAGCUGGCCGGUCCCGCUGGCUCUCUCAGCAGUAAGGCGGGGUCGAGUCCCCUAGCCGGAGCCUCCCCGCCAUCCAUCAUGUCCACCAGCCUGUGCAGAGACCCGUUCUGCAUGAGCUACCACUGCGCCAGCCAUAUAUCAUCUAAUAGCUCGCACGACACGGCCCUGAAGUCUGGAUACCCCAUCAUGUACCCCACCCACCCGCUGCACCCUCUGUCGGCCUCCGCGCCCUCGUUUACCGGACACCCCUUGUAACCGUACGGCUUCAUGCUCCAACACGAGUCCCAGUCGCACGUUUGUAACUGGGUAUCCGCGAACGGACCCUGUGACAAGCGCUUCUCGUGUUCAGAGGAACUUCUGGCCCAUUUGCGGACGCACACCGCGUUCAUGGGCGCGGAAAAGCUCGUGUCAGGAUAUCCGAACUCGUUAACUGCUGCAGCAAUGGCCUGUCAUAUAUCCCCCAACGGAGCCCCGCUGGCUCUCAGGAGUCCGCAUCACGCGCUCGGGAUGGGCACACGGUAUCACCCGUAUUCCAAAAGCCCCCUACCGACGCACGGUGCGCCGGUGCCGGUUCCUGCAGCCGCGGGUCAGUUUUACUCUCCAUAUGCGCUAUACGGACAGAGACUGACCACAGCGCACGGACUCGGAUAUCAGUGAGAAAUAAGUCCGUGGUUUUUGUGUGUGUGCGUGUGUGUUCAUCUCAGGACUUAUUAAUGGGCCGUUAUUUAUUAAAGUUAGCUUUAAAGCGAGAGAAAUAAAAAACAACAUAUUUCAACACGACUCACAUGGCUUUAUUUAACUGAUGAUGACUUUUUUAUAAGAAACGUGAUAAAGCCGCACUGUGUAAUGAUAUCCAACCAAAAUUCUAAAUUUGAACUUUACUUGAAUAUUAUUUUAAAACAUGCUUUUUAAACGUUUAAGAACGUUUUUACUGUACAACUCAGGGAAAACAACGUCCAUUAAAAGAACUACUCCAUCUAGUCUGAUUUUGUAUUUGACAUUUAUUUAUUGCCAAUUUGCCAUUAUUUGACUUCAUGAUUCAGAAAGGAAAUAUGAGUGAUAUGCACAUUAAAUUUGUCUUCAUUUAUAAUCUGUUAACCUUGCAAUAAAUACGUAAAGAAAUAUAUACAGUAUAGUCCAAUAUAGACGCUUUAUGGAAAAACUAUGGAUAAAAUGUGUUCUUCAGAAAGAUGACAUUAAAACGAAUUAUUCAUGUCGUCUAAUUCAAAACACUCAAAGCUUAUUUUGCGCUUUAAAUAUUCCAAAUAUAAACCAGAACGUUUUGUUCAUGAGACUUGAUGUUUUGCAAAAGUUUUAUGAGUGUUUAACAAGGAAUAAUUUGAGCUCUAAGAUUUGAUCUUAAAUAUAUAACAGGAACUGAAACAUGAAUUCAGGUGCAUUAAAUGAAAACAAAAACUGUAGUAUGCUUUAGUUUUUACUAUAGUAAAAUGUUGUAAACUGUAGAGUAUUACACUUUGUAAUAUUACAAUAGUCUGCACUGGUGAAUUGAUAAACUGAAAUAAAGGUAUUUUAAUGUGAAGUUCAAAAAUACUAGGAUUUUUUAAAUAUACUAAAUACUAAAGAAUACUACAGUAUUUUUAUGUGGGUUAGCAUAUGUGUUAUCUGGCAACCUCAGAAGUUUUGGGGUCUGAUAGUCUGUCACAUGACAGGGUUUUUACAUUGACAUCACAAGAUUGAUGCAAACCUGCAGGUAACAGUCUAGCUUUGAUAAGUCAUGAAUAUUUCUAUAACACAUCCACUAGUUUAUAACAUACCAAACGUCACACCAUUUCU